AUGCUAAACGAGCCUACCGUUACGAUCCUGGGCCCAGAUCCAGCACAUCGGACACAUGCCAUAAAUGGUUAUGCAUUUCAGCAGGAUGCCCUUACUUCCUUCAAUGGCUGGCAGUAUGCUGUGUUCUACAGCAGUACAGGACCAGAGACGCCUGAGCCACUCUUUAUUCAUCUUUCUAGAAGAUGUCUACCCGAUGGGCCGUGGGAAUCCAUUGUGUUUGAGGAUUACCCGCAAAAGACGGACGACGGCCACAACACAGUACAGAUAGGCAUAUGUCAUGAGGAUGGGACUAUUCAUCUCUCAUAUGACCAUCAUUGUGAUGUUCUCCGAUAUCGACACUCAGUCCGAGGACUGGCCCAAAACCCUACAGCUUACGAAUGGAAUGCCUCUCUCUUCAUGCCGACGUUGGACUACCUUCCAGGCCUCCCCAGCAGCCACAAACACUUCAGCUAUGUGACAUACCCACGCCUCGGCAACCUAGGUCCAGGCGUACUGUUCAUGUCCCUCCGCGACGGCAAAGCCGGACUCGGCUCCGACCACCUCUACCUGUACCGCUCGGACAAGGGAUUCUGGGAAUUUGUCGGCACACCGCUGACGGGUGUCGACAGUAACCCGUACGUGCACGGCUGGGACUUUCGAGACGGCAAGCUGCACGUCACAUGGGUGUACCGCGGUUUCGUCUGGUACGAAGGAUGGGAUGACCUGGCCGACACGAAGCACAAGCAGCAGGCCGGGCCAAACGGGGCCGAGAAUAAUCACAACAUCUGCUAUGCCUACUCUGAGGACUUGGGUUACACCUGGCGAAAUGGGAAGGGGGAUGUUAUUGCAGACCUGAAGCAAGGCCAGACUAUCAAGAACGACGCGGAGGGUAUCGUGGCCUUUGAGAUCCCCAAGGGGAGCGGGCUGAUGAACCAAGAGUCGCAGGUGGUUGAUUACGACGGGGGCGUGCAUGUCUUGAACAGGGAGAUAUUGGAGGGGACUCAUAUUUGGAAACAUUACUACCGUUCUCCGACAGGGCAAUGGACCUCGAGAGCUAUCCGACCCAUUGAUGGACCACGACGAGGCAGGCUAGGCAUCACCAGAGACAAUGACCUGCUUCUCAUUCUGCCAGAGACGACAAUCCCCACCGUGACGAUCCUCCGAGCGCUGAAAAGCGACUCUUAUGGAAGCUACCAAAAAGUCUGGGUCGGGAAAGGACUCACAGGCGAGCCGCUUAUCGACAAUCCUAGGCUAGCCACGGAUAAAGUUCUGUCGCUGUUCAUCAGGAAAGAUGCUGGCGGACCCGACGGCAAGCGGGACGUUGUUGUACUGGAUUUUGAAGUUUGA